GGUGCGGUAAAAGGCCGCUUUAUUUUUCUCCCUAUCCCUGAGGCGCAACUCGACCGCUCCAUUCCGCCUCUCUCCCGCAACCUCGCCGUCGCUCAGUCGCGCCGCCGUCGCUUCCCUCUCACCAGCCUGCGCCGGUCGUCCAAGGGCGCAGGCCGACGCAGCAUCGCGCGUCCGCACGCAACCCCGGCAUCGCCACUCGUUUGCUUACACGCAGCCUACGACUCCGCCGCUGAUCUCCCUCGCGACAACUACGACUACCAACAAUAUCUCGCGAGCUUCUCAUCCCUUUUGCCCGAUCUCGUACAGCAGCUCGGGAUUCAGCCUUACUCCUCCGCAAGCAACUUAAGAGGCCCUGGUUCCUGCUUCUCGAAGAAGCAAGACGCCUUCUUCUAUCUUGUGGAUCAGCAACACCUCUUGUUCUUAUCUUUUGACGAACAGCCAGGACUGUCGAUCCUUCAUAUUUCCUUUGUCCCGUGGUGUUCAAAUAUCUAUUAUAGCAAAAAUGGAGCAUCUUUCCAUAUUUCUCUGGUCCUGCGAGAGAUAGGCAGACUGAGCUUGUCAUGGCGGCGGAAACUCCACCAGGCCUUCAUAUUCUUCUGCACCAGCAAGUCAAAGAGCACGCUCCCACACUGAUCUCCAGCCAUGCUGACCGUGACCGAGUUAUCGAAGUGUUUAGGAAUGCGUUAUUAAAAACUGGCCCACCUGAAAGUUUUGCACUUCAAGCUGUGCAAGAAGCAAUAAAACCUCAGAAACAAACUGUUCUGGUCCAAGAUGAAAAUCAAUCCCUGGAAAAUGCGCUUCGGACAUUGCUUCAAGAAUUAGUGUCAUCUGCAGUCAGAUCAGGUGAAAGAAUGAUGCAAUAUGGCCAAUCAGUUGACGAAGAUGAAAGUAUUCGUGGACAGAUACCACAGUUUCUUGAUAUUGUGCUUCAUCUCUGCGAAAGAGGACAUAUUGAAGGUGGGAUGAUUUUCCAGCUGUUAGAAGAUUUGACUGAGAUGUCAACCAUGAAGGACUGUAAAGAAAUUUUUGGGUAUAUUGAGAGCAAACAAGAUAUCUUGGGAAAGCAAGAGCUCUUUGGUAGAGGAAAGCUUGUGAUGUUGAGGACGUGCAAUCAACUUCUUAGGAGACUAUCAAAGGCAAACGAUGUGGUAUUCUGCGGACGCAUUCUUAUGUUUCUUGCACAUUUUUUUCCUCUUUCAGAGCGUUCAGCUGUGAAUAUAAAGGGAGUUUUCAACACAACGAUCGAAACCAAAUAUGAGAAAGAUGCUCCAGAUGGAAUUUCAGUCGAUUUCAACUUUUACAAAACCUUUUGGAGUUUACAGGAUCAUUUUAAUAAUCCUAUUCCAACAACCCUUCCACCACCACAAUGGCAAAAAUUUGGAUCAAACUUGACGGUUGUGUUGGACACCUUUGAAGCUCAGCCCCUGAGUGAUGAUGAUGGAAACACUAACCAUCUUCACCAAGAAGAGGAGGAUGCUGCUUUUAACACAAAGUACUUGACAAGCAGUAACUUAAUGGGAUUAGAGUUGAAAGAUCCCAGUUUUCGCCGUCAUAUUCUACUGCAAUGUCUCAUCUUGUUUGAUUUUCUAAAGACACCUGGAAAGAAUGACAAAGAUGGAUCAUCCGACAGCAUGAAAGAAGAAAUUAAGUCUUUUGAGGAGCGUGUAAAGAAACUACUAGAGGUCAUUCCUCCAAAAGGGAAGGAGUUUCUUCAAAGCAUAGAGCAUAUAUUGGAGCGUGAAAAAAAUUGGGUAUGGUGGAAACGAGAUGGCUGCCCAGCAUUUGAGAAACAACCCAUUGAGAGAAAGAUUGGCCAAGAAGGAGUAAAGAAGCGUAAGGCAAGAUGGAGGUUGGGUAACAAAGAACUAUCUCAGCUAUGGAAAUGGGCUGACCAAAAUCCUAAUGCUCUGACUGACCCACGACGUGUGCGAAUGCCAUCGGUCACUGAAUAUUGGAAACCUCUUGGAGAAGAUAUGGAUGUUUCUGCUGGAAUAGAAGCUGAAUAUAACCACAAGAACAACCGUGUCUAUUGUUGGAAAGGCCUACGGUUUUCAGCACGGCAAGAUUUGGAAGGCUUUUCACGGUUCACUGAUCAUGGCAUUGAAGGAGUUGUACCUCCAGAACUUCUGCCACCAGAGGUUCGUUCGAAGUUUCAUACAAAAGCUGGUGACAGGUCAAAAAGAACAAAAAAGGAGGAAGUUAAAGGUGUUGCUACACAUCCUGAAGAUAACCAGGUUGCAUCGGCAACAGUUGAGAAUGACGGCAUUGGUAGUGGAGCUGAACUUGAAGAUGGUGUGGCACCCAUGGAUUCAGAUGCUUUAGCUGGAGAAGUUCAAAAACAAAGCCCUGAUACAGAUUCCAUUCAUGAGGCUGGGCAGUCUGAAGCUGAUGGAGUAGAUAACGAUACAAAAACUGAUACCAAAAUGGAAGUUGACGCCUCUGAUAUAAAUUCAAAAGAAGCCAACCCAACAAGCAGAAAUAGAGAUAGUAAUGACUAAGGACAAUCUUAUUUUUGCUGCACAAUUAAUGUGCUUGAUGUUAUUAGUGGCCUUGUAAUACAAUUUAUUUAUUUAUACUCUUGGCGAAAUAGACCAUCUGAUAGCUUGUAUUUGUACACUUAGCGUGCGCUUUGUUGCUGCUUAACUAAAUUUGUAUCAAAUGAAAAUGUUUUUAAUGUCCAAGUGAUUGAGUUCAACAA